AUGGAAACUACCGGGCAAAGUGAAGACAUCGAGAAGGCAACAAAAAAACUUAAAAAGCACGGGAUUACUGACAUCUAUGACGUACCUCACCUUGAUGGCAAUCGCUCUGAUGAGACACGGUUGCAGUGGCUUCACCUCCUCCAUGGAUGCCUGAAGAAAGGUGACGAAGGAAUGUCUGCUGACCUAAUAAAGCUUUAUUCUUUUCCCCGCUUUGAGUGGUUAUGGAAACAAGGGAGAAAGGAUGUCACAGAAGCACUGAAGAGGCACGGAGAAGACAUUAGAGAAGAAGAAGAAGAAGCAAAGAAGUUACUCCGAGGUAGAAUUACAGACUUAGAGCAGGAACUCAACGAGUCCCGUACAAGUUGCGCAAGCAUAGUCAGUGAAAAUGGAAGACUACAAGAUACCAUGAAGAUUGAACAAGAAAGGCGUGAACAUAGUGAAAGAGCAAUGAUGGAAAACGAGAAAAGAGCAAAACAGAUAAAGGAGACGUACACGCAGAAGGAGAUGGAAUAUGAAAAGAAACUGCAAUCAAAGGAUCUGCGUAUCGAAACAAUGGCUGAAAAUGUACAGGGGACAGAAGAGAAGGCAAGACGUCAGGUUGAGCGACUAGAGAUCGACAACGAAGAAAUGAUGACGAAAUUAGUUUCUAAGCUACAAUGGGAAGACACUUUGACAAAAAUGCUAGAGGAGAAAGAGCGAAACGAGACGACUCUAAAACAACGCAAAGGAUGGAUACUGGUCAGUACACUUGCAGAGGAAUGCCAAGACCUGACCACCUUCAGAACACCAUUUGGAAGAUAUUGUUUCCAACGAGUACCCUUCGGCUUAUGCACAAGCCAAGACAUCAUCCAGCAACACAUGGAUAGGAUCGUUCAGAAUGUGCCUGGCUGCGUAUGUAUCGCAGACGACAUUGCCAUUGUCGGAAAAACAAAGGAGGAACACGACAAGAAUCUUCAUUUGCUUAUGGAGACAGCAAAACAGGAAGGCCUAGUGUUCAACAGCUCCAAGUUAUCAAUACAAUGCCUUCACCCAAGGACAAGGAAGAUGUUCAGAGAUGCCUAG